CGUUCUGUUGGCUUUGAGUGUAUACAUAUGAUAUAUAUAUAUAUAUAUAGGGAGAGAGAGAGAGAGAGAGAGAGAGAGGGAGGGAGGGACAGAGAGAGAGAGAGAGAGAGAGAGAGAGAGAGAUAGACGAGUAUUGCUGCUGGUGAAGGAUGGAGACUAGUAGUGGCGGUAAUAGCACCAUAGUUGUGAGAAGAGAGAGAAUGAAAAUAGAGAAUCCAUUUGCUUUCAAGGUAGGGCAGGUGUUUACCGGCUUUGGCAUCGGCUGUGGGAUUGGUAUCGGCGUUGGCCGCCCCUUGAAUUUAGGUGCAAUACCUGUAUUGAACCAAGUCAUGAGUGCAACCAGAGGUGCAACAGAUGCUUUUUCUGGAGUUAGUAGCCAUGUCAAUAGCUCUUUGAGGAAGUUAGGAGCGAAGAACAUUGAGGCAGGUGUUGGAUGUGGAGUUGGUAUUGGACAUGGUUUUGGAGUUGGUCUUGCCUUGAAGCCUGGGGUGGUGCACCAAAUUCAAUCUUGUACUGUACAAUCAGUGACCAAAAUGAUGAUGAAGUUUGGCAUAACUCCUAAUUUACCACUCGAUCAAGGCCUGAUUCCGGCAUCCUUACAAGGUGGCAUGAUAUCCUCCAAUCAAAAUCCAGUGGGAAAUAUCAUGCAGCUUGCAACAACGGCACCCGAGCACGCAACACAAGGCUUGACAAGAGAUGGAAAUUCAAGUUCUGAUAGUUCUUCUUUUACAUCAAACAAGCCACCAGGGGACCCAUCAUAUGGCAGUCGGACAGAGAAGGUUAUCAGUGAUUUUCUGCAGAACCCAAUUCUGAAACGUGACAAUGAACCAAAUGAGUUGGGUGGGCGCCUCCUCAAAACAGAGAACAGCAUGCUUCAUAUGGUCCUGAAACACCAGCAAGUGAUUGAAGAGCUUAUGAAGGAAAAUGAGAAGCUUCGCCAGAUAUUGGUGGAAGACCUCAAAAUUCCACCCAGCAAGCUCGAAGCCAGCUAUUCAAAUAGUAGAUCUCCUUGUGCCGAUUGUUUUGAGUGCCGUAGAAGACGAAGAAAGAAAUAGGUUUUCUUGUGGUCUAUUGUACCACACUGAAGGAUCACGAUGGGAGUAACCACACUACAGGAGUUAGGUUACCACCAGUUCAAGUACAUAGCUUAUUAAGCAAGCAUCGGCUUAGGUUGGCGGAUACUAAAACAGGUCCAUGAGAUGAGAUAAUUAACCCCAUAGUUUAGGUCUACUUAUUAUUUGGUUUCCCUACAUCGCCCAUUCCAACGGCUAUAAUUGAAGCAUAGUGUUGCUAAUUUGAAAAAUCCCAAAAAAACCCAGCAGCUGGGAAAACAUUGCUGUUCUGAGGUUUAAAUUCGUCUGCUGUUGUAUUUGUACUUUAUAUACUAGAAUAGGGCUUGCUAUGAGAAAAGCAUUUCAGCAGUCACCAUUGCCAAGUAGUAAAUUUAUUGUGUUCUUCCUGUUUUUGCA